AUGGAAAUGGACGAGACUGCCAUGAUAACGCUGGUGAGCUCGACGUCAUUUUUUAUUAUCUGCCUGGCAGCUGUAUUUCCCUCGGCAACCGGCGACAAGCUGACCAUCACCAAGCUGAUUGCCGUGGCCAUGAAUAUUGGCGGAGUGGUGGCCAUCACCUUAAACGAUCUACACGACACAAAGAUGACGAGAGGCGUUCUCUUGGCGCUCUUUAGUGCUUUCUUUUAUGCCGCCUAUCUUGUUUUCGUUAAACGAAAAAGCGAUACCGAGGAAAAGGUCGAUAUAGUACCUUUGUUUUUUGGCUUUGUCGGUCUCUGGAAUCUUUUGCUACUGUGGCCUAUCUUUUUCAUUCUGCACUUUACGAAGAUUGAGACCUUUGAAUUGCCCAGCCAAGGACAGUUUGCCCUGCUUUUUCUAAACGGCUUGAUUGGCACCGUUCUGGCCGAGGCUCUGUGGCUAUGUGGGGGCUUUCUCACCUCUUCGCUAAUAGGAACGCUGGCCAUGUCAUUGCAAAUUCCGCUAGCCAUCAUGUUCGACGUCCUGCUUAAGAAUAAGCCCUAUUCACCCAUGUUCUAUAUGGGUUCCAUACCGAUCUUCGUAGCUCUUGUGCUUGUUUCGCUUCUUAUGCGAAAUGACGAUUCCGACCCUCUAAUGAAGCUGUUCAAAAUUGUAUAUAGAAAAGUCUGCGGUUGCCAUAAGCCGAGCAUUGUUAGAGUCAACGACGAUGAACAGCAGGAGUCGCUGAUAAGCAACAGCGAUUGAAUGAACGCUUUUUUGUGAAAAUCGCGCUUCGACACACUUUGAAUGUUGCUCAUUGCAAUGCAAUCUAAAACUUGGCUGUUCACGAGUUCGUUUCGAAUCGUUCCUUAAUCUGUAGGGACAACUCAUGCACAAU